AUGAACGGUUUUGAAGAAAACUAUAAGAUUGUGUCAAGAGCGAUCUCGUUUAAGGCUCUUGCAUCUCGCAAUGCAGAAAAAUCAAAGCUUCUUAUGGACCAACUACAGAAAACAACGAUGGAGAAAAAUCGGAUAGAAGAACAGAGAAGUGCAGAGGAAGAAGCUAAGAUUCGAUUCAUUAAAGAAUUUGAGGAGAGCCAAGCUGUUAUCCAGGGUUUGAAAGAUGAAUUACAAGUGUUGAAGACUACUAAUAGCGAAGUUGAACUAGAGUUGCAGAAGAUCAGAAGUGAGAAAAUGCGAGUGCUGGAAGAAAAGAAGACAAUGGAAAAAGAUAUGAUUCAGAUAAUAAAAGAGAAGGAAACUGCCAUGGAGAAUCUGUAUCUGGAAUUGGGUACCAUGAAAAUGAUUGAAAAGAAACUCCUCCAAGAAUUAGAGUUGCAGAAAAGGGAAGUUGAAGCAAAGUUGCAGAAGAAAAUAGUGGAUAUGGAAAGUAAACAAUUAAAAGAGAAGGAAGAGAAUGAAAUUGCUAUUAAGAAUUUGAAUGCACAAUUGGAAGCCAUGAAGAAGACUGAAGAUAAUAGAAACGAAACCCAACGCAGAGUAAUGAAACAGGCGAUGGUGAGCCAGAGUACCAUUCAGACCCUGAAAGCUGAAACAGAAUUCAUUAAAAAGACUGCUCAUGAACAAGUGCAACAAUUGCAAUUGCAUGUAAGUGAUGUUGAGAUAGAGCUGCAAAAGAGAUUUAAGGAAACUCAAGAGGAUUUGGUUCAACAGAAAAGGAAGAACAAUGAGCUAGAAGCAAUUUCUGCUCUGCAAUUGGAAAAUUUGAGGCUCAUUGAGUGUUGUUUCCAAAAGUUCUUAAGUGCCCAAGUUCCAGCACUUAAUCAAAUAAAAUUUAUCACUCGGCCCUCUGAAGAUGAAAUUUCAAUGCUGGAACAACAACUAAAUGUGUUAGCAAGUGUUGCAACAAACUAUCCCCAGCUUGUUGCAGAGAAUAGACUGUUGUACAAUGAAGUCCAAGAUUUGAAAGGCAAUAUCCGUGUGUAUUGUAGAGUGAGGCCUUGUGAAAAACAGAGUACACUUGAAUAUACCUGUGAAAAUGGAGAGUUGUUAAUUUCUAGUCCCAAUAAACAAAACAAAGAGUCCAGAAAGAAGUUUACAUUCAACAAAGUUUUUGGUCCCUCUGCAACUCAAGAAGAAGUAUUCAGAGACACAAAGCCACUGGUCAGGUCUGUUCUAGAUGGGUUCAAUGUAUGCAUUUUUGCAUAUGGUCAGAGUGGUUCAGGAAAGACAUAUACAAUGACUGGAUCCAAGGAAAACCCAGGAGUCAAUUGUAGAGCACUGACUGACCUUUUUGAGAUUUCUGAAAACAGAAAAGGCUCAUUUAAAUAUUCCAUUGGAAUCCAGAUGAUUGAAAUCUAUAAUGAACAAGUUCACGAUUUGCUAGCAAAACAUGGGUCCCUAAAGAAUCUUGGAAUAAAAAGCAUAUCUCAGGGCAAUGGUGUAAGUGUUCCUGAUGCCAACAUGUUUCAUGUUGACUCCAGAGAAGAUGCAUUAGAAUUGAUCAAAAUGGGUGAGAAGAAGAGAUCAGCAACAACCACUGCCCUCAAUGAAUCCAGCAGCAGGUCUCACAGUAUUGUGACUGUUUAUGUGGAAGGAAGAGACUUAUCUUGUGGAACACUUCUCAGAGGUUGUCUUCAUUUGAUUGAUUUGGCUGGAAGUGAGAGGAUUAACAAGUCAGAGGUCAGUGGUGAUAGACGAAAAGAAGCAGUGCACAUUAACCAAUCUCUCUCUGCUCUUGGGGAUGUCAUUCAGGCUUUAGCUACUAAAAGUGCUCAUGUGCCAUACCGAAACAGCAAGCUCACUCAAAUUCUUCAGGAUUCUUUGGGAGGGCAAGCAAAAACACUCAUGUUUGUGCAGUUUAAUCCAGACAUUGAAUCCUAUUCAGAGACAAUGAGCACAUUGAAAUUUGCAGAGAGAGUGUCUACUGUUGAACUGGGUGCUGCACAUGACAACAGACAGACCAUUAAGGAGGGUAGAAAUGAUACUAGGAGAAAAGAUGUUGAGCCUAAGUGUUUGGAAAAAGAGAACGAAAAACCCACUUCUGCAAACCCUCCAGUUGAGUCAGACAGGAUGAGAACAAGUGGAAGAUCUAACCUACCCAAGAGUGUUAAAUUGAUUGCAAAUUCUGAUGAUAUUCAUAGUGAGCAGAGUGUGGAUUCAAAGAGGUAUGGUGUGGUUCGAAGAAAGUCCAUGGGUUCUAAGUUGGGGCUUACUACACUCUCCAAAGACUUAAUGUAG